AUGAAGGGACAGUGGGGUGGGACCAGGGACAUUGGAUCAGCGUUGACCAGAAUGUGUAUGAGACAUCGCAGCAUAGAGGCUAAACUCAAACAGUUCUCCAUGGUCUUCCUUGAGGGUCUGAUCAAUCCUCUACAAGAACAGGUGGAGGAUUGGAAGAGAGGAGUCAACACUUUGGACAAGGACCAUGCUAAAGAGUAUAAAAGAGCCCGACAGGAAAUAAAGAAGAAGUCCUCAGACACCCUGAAACUUCAAAGAAAGCAAAGAAAG